AUGAGUGACAGGAAGGUUAGUGAUUUGCAUGGCUCCGGCAUUUAAAAGGAGCUGCAGGUGUAGGAUUCUACUCACAGAUGAGUGGAUUUCUCCAAGCGUAGAUGGGAGGACUUUUCUAUAUUUGUUAUUGUGAAUCCAGGAGGAUACCAGUAUACCUGAUGAUUUUCAAAUAACUUUGCAGACUUGAGAUCUUUUCCUUUGGAGCUGGGAGACUUGAAAACCCUUACUUCUACAAGCAUGAAGGACGCUCAGUUUCUUGUAUGUAUCAUUUCUUGAAGACAAAAUCACAAAAUACCUGCAUCAUGGAGACGCACUGGUACUAACUGGCAACUCAAGCAAAUAAGCCUUUCCACAAUGUCAACGCUGAUGUUUGUGCUGCUGCCGCUCCUGGGUUUAAGGGUCACCGACGCAAACGCCACCACAUGGAGACAGUGCACAGAUUCGCUUCCCCUGGAUCUUCUGUCCUUCGUUCUCGAGAGGGAUACCUCCAAACUUGUACCCGGGGUGCGCUUGAAGCAGGCCCGCGGGGUGAGAGGUGUUCAGUUUUUGACCCCUGACCCCUCGAUGAGCUUCCCGUCCUCUCAGCUGCUGGUGAACUGUGACCUUUUCCCACAAGAAUUCUCCAUUGUUCUGACGUUAAAACUCACUCGUGCGGCAACCAAGAGAAAUGAAUAUAUCUUUUCACUGCUGGAACCUAAAAACCAAGAUAAAAGUUCACUGGACGAAGAGCAGCUGAUGGAGAAGAAGCAAGUCAAGAGUAAAGAGGAAGCUGGACGAAUCAUCCUGGGACUUAAAGUCGCUCAAAAGGGUCUGCACUUCACUUUUAAAGGCCACGGAGAGACUGUGGAGAACCGGGUGUUUCGAGACAUGCGGCUGGCAGAUAACCGGUGGCACACUCUCGUUUUAGCUGUCGGCCGUCAUCACGCGAGGCUCACAGUCGACUGCAACUCACCUCUGGAAAUUGUUCCCUCCAGGCCAUUCCCUUCAGACCUCAACAUUCAAGGAUCCAGAUUCCACAUCGGUAGUCGGGGCAGGUGGAAAGGCUUGUUUUCAGGUCUGAUGCGACAGUUGGUUCUGGUGCCAGGCUCAGACGCCUCCCAUCAGAUCUGCCCCUCCUCUGACCCCCAGCUUGCAACCUUGUCAGUCCCGCCGCUGCUCUUAGACCUGCCGAUGAAAGACAGGCAGGGACCCAGGCACAGGACUCGCUACGAAACGGAGGCGCGAGUGUCGGUGGGUUUGGAGAGAUCGUGCUCAGAGCUGCUGGAAGGCCAGCUGUGGUUUCAUCCAGUCAAGAAGGGCCUGUACCUCUGUGACGGCUCCGUGUGGAUCACCGUGAUGGAGGACAACAGAAGGCUGGAUUAUGUGGUGGAAGAUCAGGUCCUCUCCACCAGCUCAGAGACGCAUGACGUGGAGGUGUUCCAGGUACCAGGUGUGGGUCUGCUGGCUGCUAUGGCUCACCGUUCCCCGCUCUCUGGUUCAGCUGUUUACCUUUGGACCCAGUCAGGCUUCCAGUUCUACCAGAAUAUCAGCACAUCUGGAGCUCUGGCCUGUAGACAUUUCAGCAUGGGCAAGAGGGAGUUUCUUGUGGUGUCUAAUUCUGGGGACGGAGCAGACAAGCAAAUGAACAAAGAGUCUGGCUCUGACUUUUCUGUGAUCUACAAGUGGAGCAGAAGAAGAAAACGGUUUGUGCACCUUCAAACUCUGCAGACCUACUGUGCCCGAGACUGGGAGGCAUUUACCAUCAACGGUCAUACCUAUCUUGCUGUGGCCAAUCAUAGACAGGGUAACAAUAAUCACACGAUAGACAGUGUGAUAUACAAGUGGAGCAAAUCAACCAAGUCUUUUGAGGUUCACCAGAAGCUGCCGACUUUAGGGGCCUACGACUGGGAAUUCUUCACAGUGGGCCAGUACCAUUUCCUGGUGGUUGCCAAUGCUUUUGAUGGAGUGACCACUUCUGUAGACUCUGUCAUCUAUGUUUGGGUUGAUGGAACCUUCCAGAUCUUUCAGACAGUUAAGACAUAUUGCGCCACAGACUGGGAAAUGUUCCGGAUCGGCAGCAGAGUGUUUUUGGUUGUUGCCAAUGGACACAGACUCCAUGGUAACGGAUCAAGUCAGUACACCAUCAACUCAACCAUCUAUGAACUGGACAUGGUUGGACAACUGUUCGUCCGCUUCCAGGACAUUGUCACUCACAGUGCAGUGGACUGGGAGUUCUUUAGCCUCGGGGGACAAUAUUUUCUGGUUGUCGCAAACUCCUUCAACGGGGAAUCCUACUCUCUCAACAGCAUUCUCUACAGGUGGCAGGGAUAUGAAGGAUUUGUUCCUGUUCACUGGCUCCCGACAAUUGGUUGCAGUGACUGGGAGUUUUUCACCUCUCAAGGACAAUCAUAUCUGAUCUACUCCAGUGCCAAAGCACCUCUCUCCAAAGUAUUUAUGUUGAAAACCUACUAGAGAAUAAGUCCAUGUGACUUUUUAUGUGAGUGAUUGUGUUCCUGAGUGUAUUUUUACAUCUUUGUCGCUGGAAAGAGGCUUUGAAACAUCAAGGGAGCUGAUAAUAUAAAAGAAAAAUCACUGCAGUUACUAAAACAGGAAACACAAUCAAGUGAAGACAUUUUCAAAGGGCUGUUGCUUGUAUGGUAUGGCACAAUGACCAACAAUGUAUACGUAUAAAUCAGAGGUGUCAAACUCAUUUUCAUUUCGGGCCACAUUGAGAUCAUGAAUUACCUCAAAGAGCUGGUUGUGGCAGUACUUAAGGUUGCUGCAUGACGGAGAGCGGCUGCUUUGAUUACACUAUUAUGACUCUUAAUCUCUAGAGGGCCACAUAAAUUAUUAUGGUAGGCUGUAUUUGGCCCAUGGGCCUUGAGUUUGACACGUGCUCUACACAGUGGUAUGUUUAAGGAUUUAUCUCAUUUUUCUCUCAAGUACGAUGUAUAUCUGCUUGUGUGGGCAGUGAAAAAUGAAAAAUGAAUUGAGCUCACACUUUUGUAAAACUUGUAUUUUUCUGUAAGAGCUUUUAAUUUUGAAAUUAUAUUUAAUAUUGUGUUGACUGAGUGGAAAAUGUGUUAUGUUGUAGAAAAUUAAACUCGACCAUUGUAUUUUGUCUUAAGUGCAUACAUUCUGUAGCUAUA